AUGCACCGCGGGCAGUGGCUGCUUCUCGCGCUCUCGCACUGCGCGGCGGCGGCGUGGACCGACGUCGUCUGGUCCGGCAUCAACAUUGCGGGCAACGUCACGAUUCCGUCGGGCACCCGCGUCACGCUGCGCAACAGCAACACGAUCACCGGCGAGCUCAACGUUGCUGCCGGCGCGCUCCUCACCGUGGACCCGGCCGCCAACGCGUACCUUCAGGUGGGCAACCUCGAGAUCAACGGCGCCUUCUCGAUCGGGUCAGAGGCGACGCCGUAUGCGAAUACGGCCACGAUUGCACUCGGCUGCGCGCCCGGGGUCUACCCCCCAGCCAACGAGCGCCGAAAUGGCAUCCUCGUCCGCCGCGGUGGCUCCAUUGCGCUCUAUGGGCAGAAAGGGCAGUCGUACCCGUGGACGCUCUUGACGGCCACAGCGUCGGCGGGCGCGACGUGCAUUUACGUCGUCGAUCCUGUCGACUGGGUUGUUGGUGACGUCAUUGUCAUUGCCACGACGGACUAUGACCCGCGCUUCUCCGAGAGACGGACGCUGGUUGGGUUUGGUGCCGAUGGCUGUCUCCGGCUCGAUAUGCCGUUGGUCUACAACCACUUUGGUGAGAUCACGGAAGGCAUCGACGAGCGCGCUGAAGUGGGGCUGCUAUCACGCAGCAUCCGUUUUCGAGGCUGCACCGGGCUUCAGGUCGGCGGCCAGAACAUUGGCGGCCACGUUAUGAUCACCAACGGAUUUGCCGCAGCGCAGAUCGUUGGCGUCGAGAUCUCGGCGUUUGGCCAAGGGGACAUCGUCGGGCGGUACCCUAUCCACUUCCACCUCUGCGGCGCCGCGCCACCCGGGACGAUUCUGCGCGCCAACUCGAUUCGAGACUCGUUCAUGCGGGCCGUGACGAUCCACGGCACCCAAAACGUUCGCGUCCAAAGCAACGUCGCGUUCAACACAUCGGGGCACGCCAUGUUCCUCGAAGACGGCGCCGAGUUCAACAACGUCUUUGACGCGAACCUCGUCGUGCUCGUGCGGGAGAAGCUCGACGGCCCCUUUCGCCUCGGGUCAGACGACCGCUUUGGCCUCAGCGCCUUUUGGAUCACGAACGCCGACAACGUGUUCACCAACAAUGCUGUCGCUGGCGUCGAAGGCAGCGGGUUCUGGAUCCACACGCGGCUCCUUGCCAAGAACCCGAGCUACGCCACCGGCUUGUACAAUUCGAUCGUGCCCUUCAAGACGCCGCUCAAGCUCUGCACCGGCAACCACGUGCACUCGGUCUGGAAUGCAUUUCGCAUCGACAGCGCCGACUUUGACGGCGGGGACAAGCCGCUCGUGAACGCCGGUGGAGCGUUCUCGCAAGGGUACAGUCCGACGUCCGUCACGGUCAUCUCCGACUUUACCGUCCAUCACUCGCGCCAAGGCGGGUGGUUUCGCAUCUUUGAGAUCGUCCUCGACAAUUGGAAGCUCGGCGACGUCCGCGAAGGCGUUCAGUUUUUAACGACGGGCAACACGCCGACAGCGCCUGUGAACGGCACGCUGCGCAACUCGCUGUUCGUCGGCAACACGGCCAAUCGCGGCAACCUCAUCGCGACCGAGUGGCAGAGCGUCGCGUUCCUCGAAGGCCGGUCCGAGAGCGCGUUCAUGCUCACGGACCUCAUCAAGAUCGGUGUCUUGCUCUACGACGGCCCGCACUUUUUGGAAAACGUCGUCUUCCGCAACUACUACUCGCAGUCGUGCAUGGGCGUCAUCAACCCCGCGAUCGGCGCCCGGGCGUUCAACACGUUUAUGAUGGCGACGACGACGUCGAUCGUCAACUGCUCGUUCCCCAACACAGCGUACCCUGUCUACAUCCUCGAUCGGCAGAGCGACGGCGGGUUCACGACUGUCAUCCAAGAUGCGUCCGGGUCCAUCUCGGGUCAACCGGGGGCGAUGAUUUUGCCCGACUGGGCUCUCUAUUACACGCAGCAGUGCCGUCGCAGCCCGUCGUACGGUCUCGCGUGCCCCCAUCGCUACAACAACUUUGAGAUCGUCCAGGUCGACACGGAUGGCGUGAAUCUUGCCAAGUACGGCAACCUGCUCGUGGCGCGCAUGGACCGUGACGCGAGCUUGACGUCGCCGCCGACGCUUUCAUUUGCGGGACAGUACAUCCCCGACGCCGGCGGGUACCUCUACCACCCGUCGCUCUCGGUCGGCGCCACGUACAUCGUCAACUUUUUGACGCGAACGCCUCCAAUCCUCCGCUUCAACCUCGUCAACGGAUUUGCUGGCGACGUCCACACGAUCGCCGUGUGCUACCCCAUCGGGGCGAGGAUCACGCGGGUCGUCGACGGCCGCGGCGUGGCGCUCAGUGCGAUGCCAACCGCGACGGCGACCUCCUGUACCAACUGCUUCUUCUUUGAUGCUGCCCGCGCGCUGCUCGUCUUCCGCCUCCAGCAGACCCAAGCGCGAUCGGACGCAACCAUGGCGUGUCCGGCGUCGGGCUGUUCUAGUGUCGUCAUCACCGCGACGUUGCCGCCGACGGGCACCGGCGUCUCGGACGUCAGCAUGCGCGCGUACCCGCUGUGGGCCAAUUCACUUGUCAACAGUGCGUGGGCGAGAACGACGUUCACAUCACGCGCCGUCGAGACGAGUGCGGUGGCCAGCAACUCGGUGGUCGACACCAACUGGUGCAGCUUCAACGACCCGUGCUUGAACACCGUGGACGCCGGCAACGUACAUCAAGGGAUUCUUGCCUACGCCCUCUCGCCGUGCAACGGCUUGGGCUGCUACAGCGCCACGUGUCGCUACUGCAAGCUCCCGACGAGUCCAUCGUCGCAGCCGUUCGUACCGUGUCCGUUCAAGAGCAGUGUGCCAUUGCCUACGACGGCGACCCCGAAGCCAACGCCGCGACCGACGACACCGGCGCCAACGACCAUGCCAGUGACCCAGUGCUCGGCGCUCUUUCCGGCGGAAACAACAACCCUUGGUAUCUCGGCUCAAGUCGACACGACGUGCCCCGGGUCUCUCUUGGCUGGCUGCAUUGGCUCGACGCAGUGUCGGUUCUGCGCCACAGCGUGGACACCGCAGUCCGCCGGCUUUGCGCCGUGCACUGGCAUGACGACUUAUGUUCCGCCGACGGUAACGCCCAGGACAAGUGCGCCGACGACACCCGUUCAAACGACCACACGCCCAACCUUAACGACGGCGCCGAUUCGAACACUUGCACCGACGCGAACACUUGCACCGACGCGAACACUUGCACCGACGCGAACACUGGCACCAACGACGGUGGCACCGACAUCUGCAGUCUGCAGCGUGUCGCCCGGCGACUACCAGAUCGGUCUUGACGUCAUCGCAGAUGCUUCGUGCAUCACCCAAGGCGGUCUCGGAUGCAUCCCGAGCUCUGGGUGCCGCUUCUGUGCGCGGGUUUCCACCAUCCCGCCGUCUGUGUACGUGCCAUGUCCUCCGUCGUCCAUGGUCGCUCUCGCCUCCAAUGGCAACGACGCUGCGAUUCAAGUCGUUGCCGGCAGUCUUCCGACGGUAGCCAUCCUGGCCGUGGCGCUCACCGCCCUCGCCGUCGCAUUACUCGUGUUUGCGCAUGCGCGUCGGGCCCAGCGUGAGGCGCUGACGACACCGUCUGUGCUACUACCUACGGAGCCUACUGAGGCCUAAUCUGAAUACAUGUACAUUUUCUCUC